AUGCUUGUUUUUCUAUCCGUGCUCUGUUCAUCCAUUUUGAUUGACACAUCUCAUGUGUACACCACAUCAUCAGCGCGUGAUAGUUCAAUCAGUUUCGAGAUCGUUAAUUCUACCUUUAAAUUCUUUGUUUAUGAUUACAAAGGAUGGAAGUGUACUGUUAACAUCGACGGCUCAACAACUGAUAUAAUACCACCAAAUCAGCGUGGUUACGUACUAAGUACUCCUCAUAACUCUCAAAUUACGUUUUAUUUUUUAGAAGAUUUAAUUUUUUCAAUCCAAUUUAUCAUUGAUCCCAAUUUAAUUCAACCGAGUUGCGUCUUCACACAUCCCAACGAUGACCUAAUCCCUUAUCUCCAAGAAAUAAACGUUUGGCAUCCUUUUCAUACAUUAUUCACCGGAAAUGACGGUUCGCAACAUUUCUUAUUUAAUUCGAACUACAAGCCAGAAUAUAUAUUCUUCAGCAAAAUCGAGCCAUUAACCACUCAAAUCAUAGAAAAUCUAAAAUCAGAAAAAACAUUAACGUCUGCUGGAACUUUAACUUCGUUCCCCGUGUUGCUAAGCCUCAAAAAGCAGACAAAAGCUAUACUAUCAAUACCUUAUCGUAUAGGUGCUACGGUCUUUUUGAUAAAACCAGAAACUUUUGAACAAUUAGACCCAAAGAGCACAGUAAUUCAAUUCGAUGAAGAUGAGCGGUUAUUAAUCGUUCAUCCUUUAUCGAGUAUUAAGAAAGAAAUUUUUAAUUUUAUUGCCAUUCCGAAAGAUUCUCAAUGCAAUACAAUCCAUAUCAACAGACAGCUUAAGAGAGUUGUUUCCCUUGGAGGCGAACAAUCCACAUGGAGCAAAUUCUCAGUUGCCAGCAAUAUUUCAAAAUCCUGUCUUUUAUACGCAUCUGAUGAAGUCCAAUCGAUACGAAUAGACUACGUAGCUGAUGGGUCGGAUAAUCUUUACGUUGUACGUCCAGAUAAAAGGACAUAUUUGACAAAAUCAGGAAGUACGGUUUUUCCUUCUUCAAUCUUCAUGAUUGUUCCCCACAAAGAAUCCGGUGUUACAGCGUGCACGUAUUUCGUUCUAAAUGACUUAACAAUGUCUCUGAAAGGCUCAUCUUUGACUCUUCCUUUUUCAUCUGUUUGGAACGAACAGGAAACAUUCCAAACAGUCAGUCAAACAGAUAACAUCGUCAUUGAUACCCCUUUUUCAAGUUUUUCAUUUGACAAAUCUUUAAUUUUGAUUUUUACUUCAACAGACACACUUUUCCACAUUUGGAACUCAUUACCCGGCCAACCAUGUGAGAUCUCCGCCAUUGUUUACUCAUCGAAGAACGUUUUGAUGCAAGUUUUGCCACAAAACAACUUUACAUACAAUUUCCAAAACGAACCAGGCUACAUCAUCAUUUCUGUCAACUCCAAGAGCACUUUGUAUCACGCGUACACACAACAGAACAUCACUGAUGUCACUGAUUUCCCAUUCCGAUGCAAUGAUUUCGUUCUUACGUCAGAACUUUCAUCAUCAUUAAAAUUCGGACACAGCAACAGCCAAUUUAAUUAUACUUUCAAGAAAGCAUGGAGUACAUGUAUCUUUUAUUCUAGAAUUGGCAAACACAAGUUGACAGUGACAAAUCCAUUCACAAGACAGAUAAAAGUUGAUUUGUAUUAUUACCCAAAUAUGUCUGUUUGUGAUGAAACACAAGAAUACUUCAACGGUCCUCUCUUUGUUCAUCUUAAAGUCCUGAUACCUCCAAAUGCAGGAAGUAUAGAUAUAACAGAUACAUGUCUAACAAACUGUUCUGAUUUGUACCCGAAAACACUCACGAGAAUGAUAAACCCGUUUGCAGAAGGUGGAGAUGCGAUUUCAGUACAUGAAUUGGUUGCAAACAUGUCAACACGUAGACAAAUCAUUAUUCUUGGAGUGCUGUUCUUCAUGCUAGUGAUUGUUCUUUUGAUUGCAAUCGCGACGUGUUUCGGAAUGAUCUUUUUCUACGGAAUCACAUUCUCAUCAAGUGAUUACAUGCAGGGAAAUAAAGAUGAUUUCGUUGAUGACUGCAGAUACCCAAGAGUUAACAAAAAUAAAGUUCCUCAAGCAAUUGAACCUGCUGCGUUCCAACCUGUUAUGCCUGCUUCUUACUAUCUAUCGGCACCUUUAUAA